UUCCAAAGUCAAUUUCCGGAAUUUUGCGGAUGUUCACUCGUUGGGGAACAAACCUCCAUGUUCAUCGUGUUUAACGGCGAUCUACCACUAUUUACUCGAGUAUAAUCUGCUGGAUUACUCCUGAUAUAUCAGAGGAAUAAGUUUUAAGGCAUUAAUCAGAAAUCGUAGCUGAAAGAUGCGAGUGAAGUUGGACGUUUGAGUGAUCAAUUGACUUGGCAAAUUUGAACGUCUUCGAGAGCCUCAAGGUCGUUUUUCAGCUCGCUUUCUGUAUUUUCUGUAGUUUCUCGAUUGGUUUGUAGAGAAAUCAAACUUUAUAUUGUAUAAUGAGUGGUGUAUUUACUCAARGCUGGUUUCACGGGUACCUCUCAAGACCGAAAACGGAAAGUAUACUCAGUGGAAAAAGCCCAGGGACGUUUCUCGUACGAGACAGUUCAUCAAUCCCUGGAGACUACGUGUUAUCAGUAAGCGAAAGUUCCAAAGUUAGCCAUUACAUUAUCAACUUCAAAGGAUCAUGCUAUCAAAUAGGAGAACAGACUUUCAAAGACAUUCCAGAUAUCAUUGAUUUUUAUAAAAAACAUUUCUUGGAUACAACUACACUGAAAGAACCAGUCCCAAAACCUGAUGAACACUGUGAAAAAGUUAAAGCAAUGUUUAACUUCCUUGGAAAGGAUCCCGAGGAUUUACCCUUCAAAAAAGGAGAUGUUUUAACGGUGAUAAAAAAGGAAGAGGAACAUUGGUGGAGAGCGAGAGACAGUUCAGGAAAAGAGGGGAUGAUUCCCAAACCAUACGUGCAGUUGAUAACUCCUUCCUGUUCUUCAAUUUCCUCUGUAUCGCGAUCAAGAGUCAGCAUUGGUGGCACAGCCCCACCACCCCCUGUUGCUAUGCCACAGGAUAUACCAAAUGAUGGUUUUGAGUAUGCAGUGGCCAUAAUGGAUCGUGUGGUACCUUACGAUAAUACUCAGCUGUGCUUCAAGAAAGGAGAAUUAAUUAAAAUUAUCAAGAAACAUGAAGAUGGUUCCUGGUUUGGUGAGCUGAAAAACAAAACUGGAAAAUUCCCAUUUAACUAUGUUCAGCUAGUGCCGCCAGACGAUAGAAAUGGGAUAUAAAAGACUCGACCAAACUCCCUUUCUUCCCUUUUUUUUUUACAUGAUAAUUGAAUAAGUUUGUUCGAAGAGCAAAUGAUUCCAUAAAUAUUAAAUUCAGGUUAGAAAUUAAGACAUUUAUAGAGUAUCUGAUGAAAAUUCAAAUUCUCUCUUCAAAGUAGUUAUUUUUGUAUUUACUAUUAAGGAGAUUUUGGUUAUUAAUCAAGUUUUUCAAGCAAACAAGUUUCUCAAAUGAAACCGAUGUACUGAAUGACAUGUGAUAUUAUUAGAUUUUAACUAUUCUCAUCAAGAAAGCCUUUAUUAUUUUACUAAGUCUAGAAGGAUGGAAUGUUAAGAAACUUUUUCUGUCAAUAUUUGCAGCUGCUAAUAUUUUCAAUAAGUCAGGUUUGUCUGUGUACUUGUGAAUGUCUGUAUUAAGUUAACUGUCUGUCUUUUUCCUGUUAUCAUAUCGGGAACCAAUAUUACCAGAAUUAAUCCUAUUUUCAUUUCUUUUUCAUAUUUAAAUGUUUUAAUUUCUUUAGGAGUAGCAAGACCUCUUCACCUUGGGCGUAAUCCUGGGGGAGGAGGUACUCCGCCAGAAUUUGAGUAGGGGUGUUCUGAAUUCUGAAAGGGGUACCCUGUUUAUGACAAAAAAAAAA